AACCAAAUGAAUUUUUAUCCACCAGCAAAUAACCAGUUUACAGUUAACGAGCCAAACGAAAUUCUGAACAUGCUCCCAAUAUCAGAACUAAAUGAGAGAGUGCUACUAAACCCAUCAUCCUCUCAAAGGUUUACCCAAGUUCCUGUUAUUGAGCCUAGACCAGAGCAGUUCUUUUCAUUGGAGUCUAUUAACACUUAUCUGAACACUGAAAACAAAGGAUAUAUUCCAGUAGUAGAAAUUUCUGAGCUGUACACUGUUAUGCCACAAGUCCAUCAUGCAUCGGUAGUGAAAGAGUCAUAUGGAUAUUCACCAUAUAUUUCCGGGUUCAUGAGACCUUAUCUCCAAAGUGUCCAGCCAAGAACCGCUACUAGACUAGACUGUAGACAAGCAGUCGACAGCAGUUCUAGCUCUUCGAAAAAGAACUACUGAAUGUGAGCAACAUGCCUUAGCAAGAAGGAACAACUAAAUAACCUCCCACAGUCCGAUUCAAGUGAGCUGACUUCUAGCCAAAUCGAGACCAUAGAGAAGAUUUCAAAGAAACACGGAUUACAAAAAUUGAAAUCUAAGAGACAACUACAGAAAAUAGUAAAUCAAAAACAAAGUGAUGAACUAGUCUUCAUGGCCAACAGCAAAGAGGUAUCUUUUAAGACAAAAUCUUGCAGCAAGUUUAGAGGCUCUAACUACAGAGGAGUCUCUGCAAAUGGGAAAUCCUGGCAAGUAUUUAUUGUCAUUGGAGGAAAGAAAAGUUAUGCAGGCAGCGAGAGCACCCAAGAGAAAGCUGCAGCUCUUUAUGAUAAAUUGGCCAUAAUAUUCCACGGAAUUAAGGCUAAGCCAAACUUUUCUUACAACAAAUCUCAGGUUUGAGAACUUUUAAAGUUGUAAGCUCCACCAAAAUCCCUCUAUUGAAUCAAAUAACAAUAAUUUGUCCUAAUAAGUUGUC